AUGAGAGAUGAUCAAAGAAAGAAAGUACUUAUUACGGGUGCUUCGGGAUUAUUGGGCCGAGCUAUCCUAAAGGAGUUUGAAGUGGAUGGCAGCUGGGAAUGCGUGGGUCUUGCAUUCACUCGAGCUAAAGGAAACCUGCGCAAGGUCGAUCUAAAAGACGUAGGUGCUGUUAGAGCUCUAGUUAGUGAAUUUCGCCCCACGGUUAUUAUUCAUUCUGCUGCAGAACGACGUCCUGAUGUGGUAGAACAGCAAUUAGAGGCUUCUAGGCAACUUAAUGUUGUUGUCAGUCAAAAUUUAGCCUCUAUUGCCAAAGAAUUUAACUGUUUCUUACUCUAUAUUAGUACCAAUGGUGUCUUUGAUGGAAAGAGUCCCCCUUACAAGCCUAGUGAUGUACCAAAUCCCUCAAACAGUUACUGCAUUUUCAAGUUUGAAGGUGAAAAAGCUACUCUACAAACCCUGCCUAAAAGUAGCGGAGUGCUGCGAGUGCCGUAUCUUUAUGGACAAGUUGAAAACUUAGCUGAAUGCUCGUGCACGGCUCUUUUUCAGGCAGUUCUCAAUAAUACUAAAUCAAAAAGUGUCACUGACUAUGGUAUGCGUUAUCCAACCCUCGUCGAUGAUAUUGCGAUCGUUAUAAGACAAAUCUGUGAGAAGGCGCUAUCAGAAAAUGAUUUUCGUGGUAUAUGGCAUUGGAGUGGAUCUGAAGCUCUAACAAAGUAUCAGAUGACCAAAAUUAUGGCUGAAGUAUUUAAUUUAGAUUUCAGUCAUAUCAAGCCAGCCAGCGAGCCUCCAACGGGAGCGAAAAGAUCUAAUAACAGUCAGUUAGAUUGUUCUGAUUUAAUGAAACUAAACUUCGGUAGACAUACGCCUUUUCGGGUAGGCAUACAGGAAUGUCUCCGUAAUUUUGUAAACGUUAGUUAA